UGCUUGUUAGGUGUGUGUGUUCUGUUGCUGUUUAUACUGUAACCUAAGCCGGUCCCUCCUUCCUCCUCCUCCUUACUGCUGGGGUCCCGGCCAGCACAAAUCUCAGCCCAAGUCUCACAUCUCCUGUUCAGCCAAGUACACCAAGGCAAAGGGAACGGAGACAGAAGAGGAGAGGCCACAUGAUUUAAAUCACACUCUGUCUGGGACUUUAUCUGGAACUGUCACAGCACUCCGGAAAGUAGGUUGGAGUCGACCAGACCAAGGAAUCGGGUGUUCGGGACAAGGAUCAAGCCAAGCCAUGCUAUGCAGAAAAAAGAAGAAAACAGCUCCACAGCCGGAGAUCCCUUCCACGAGUCAGGAGUGCGAGUCAACCGUGGAUGGGGGCCGCAGACUAGCCCUCCGGAAAAUGGGCCUGACAGAUGACAAAGACAUCAAAGCCAUGCUUAAGGGUGUUGAGAUGCUUAAGAUCAAGUCCAGUCACUGGCAGAAGGAUAGAGUUUUAAAGCUGCAGGAGGAUGGAAUGACCAUAUGGUGCAAAAACGAAAACAACUCCAAAAAGCCUUCUGCAAAGCACACCUUUACAAUCAAAGAUAUUGAUGGAGUGCGAGAAGGCCGUCAGUCAGAAGGGCUUCAGAAGUAUGGAGAAUGCUUCCCAAAUGAUCGGUGCAUGACCAUUGUCUUCAAGGGGAAGAAAAAGAACCUAGACCUGGUAGCUAAGACACCUCAGGAAGCAGCCUUAUGGAUAAGGGGCCUUUUGAAGCUCAAGGAGAAAUCUGAAACCAUGAGUCAUCCAGAACACCUUAAGCAUUGGAUACGCAGUUACCUGCAAAAAGCAGAUAAAAACAAUGACAAUGUGAUGACAUUUAAAGAAAUAAAGACCCUCCUGAAGAUGCUGAACAUUGAACUUGAUGACCACUAUGCUUACUAUCUCUUUCAGAAAUGUGACACAUCAAAUUCAAAAACGUUGGAAGGGCAGGAGAUUGAGGAGUUUUGCACCAUGCUGUUACGCCGUAAAGAGCUAGAAGAGAUUUUUAAACGUUACUCUGGUGAGGACCUUAUCCUUUCAGCUGAAGAGUUGAUGGAAUUCUUGAAAGAUCAACAGGAGAAUGCCACUUUAGAAAAUUCCAGAAGAAUAAUACAGCAAUAUGAACUUAAUGAACAAGCUAGGAGGAACAACUUCAUGAUGCUGGAUGGAUUUACAAUGUACCUGCUGUCGAUGGAGAGUGACAUCUUUAACCAUGACCAUGACCGGGUCUUCCAGGAUAUGACACAGCCACUCAGCCAUUAUUUCAUCUCAUCUUCACACAACACUUACCUGAUGGAAGACCAGCUUGGUGGUCCCAGCAGCACAGAGGCAUAUAUCAGGGCCUUAAUGAAAGGAUGCAGAUGUGUAGAGCUGGACUGCUGGGAAGGGAAUAAUGGAGAACCAAACAUUUUCCAUGGACAUACCUUUACAUCCAAAAUCUUAUUCCGAGAUGUUAUCAAAGUUAUUAAGGACUAUGCCUUUAAGAUGUCUCCUUAUCCAGUCAUCCUUUCCUUGGAAAAUCACUGUGGCCCUGAGCAGCAGACUGUCAUGGCUCGACACUUGAGGAACAUUCUGGGAAGUAUGCUACUGACAGAUACAAUCAAUGGAAAAGUCCCAAAACAACUGCCUUCCCCAGAGGAGCUAAAGGGAAAGAUCUUGAUAAAAGGCAAGAAAAUCUCAGGGUCUCCCCUGCAGCAGGACAGCUUCAAUUUUGACGAUGAUCAAGGAAAUGAAGAUAAGGAGUGUGAUUCACCCCAAAAACCAGCUACAUCACAGAUCUCACAGGAGCUGUCAGAUUUGGUCGUCUACUGUAAAAGUGUGCACUUCCGAGACUUUCAGCAUGCAAAGGAGAACCAGGCAGUCCAUGAAAUGUGCUCAUUCAGUGAAAUGAAGGCCAAGAAGCUGACUAAGGAAUCAGGAGAUAAAUUUGUGCAGCACAACAUGAGGUAUAUAAGUCGAAUUUACCCCAAAGGCACACGGACAGACUCCUCAAAUUAUAACCCUGAAGAAAUGUGGGUUUCUGGUUGUCAACUUGUGGCCUUAAAUUUCCAAACCCCAGGAUAUGAAAUGGAUCUGAACCAAGGCCUGUUCCGUCAGAAUGGAAACUGUGGUUAUGUUCUGAAACCCAACUUCAUGAGGAGAAUAGAAACAAUGUUUGAUCCAGAGCACCCAAGCCGGAGCAUGAAAACUGAGCUGAAGACAUUAAUCAUCAAGGUCAUCACUGCGCAGCAACUCCCCAAAGUGAACAAGGAUAAGAACAGCUCGAUAGUGGAUCCCCUAGUGCGAGUAGAGAUUUAUGGUGUUCCGGCAGACACGGAGAAAAAACAAACAACUUACAUUCAAAAUAAUGGUUUCAAUCCACGAUGGGAUACAACCCUGACCUUUAAUAUUCGGGUUCCAGAGCUAGCGCUAGUCCGAUUUUUGGUGGAGGACUAUGAUACAGCAACCAGCAAUGACUUUGUGGGACAAUUCACUCUGCCUUUUACAAGUUUAAAACAAGGUUAUCGUCACAUACACUUACUUUCUAAAGAUGGUACCGCUGCAGGACCAGCGACACUAUUUGUUCACAUCAAGAUCAAAAGUGUGUGACACUCAGAAAAGUGGGCCAUUGGACUUCAUAUUCCUGUAGGAAAUAACUGUGUUAUUGAAGAACUCUGUCACUCUUUUAUAAAAGAAUGGUGGACAUCAGCCUGAUUUUAUUUGGACAGGAUCUGGACACCCAAAGUGUUAAAACUGUAUCUUCCAUUGUGUUUACUCUCUGUCCUGAUGACAAGACAAGUUUUACAUUUUUACAUACAUUCUUGGGAUCACUAGCACUCUGAAAUUGCUUUCCCCAAGAUAUUUUUUAUACUUUUUUCUUUGACCAAAUGCAGCUCCUACUAUGUCUAUUUUUCAGGUUGAUGACUCAAAGCCAGCUGUUGCACAAAAUGCUACCUGCAGUUUUCCAUGGACUUUAAAAUAUAUAAGCUUUAAAACAGGAAACUGUGGAGCAGGGUUUCCUCACUUAUGAAGAUGUUUUUCUCAGGGAAAUAAUCAGAACUGUUACAGACUGUUUUAAUUGAUUGUAUUGUAUGUGCUUUAAAUAUUUAUUUUAAAAAUAUGGAUCACCAAGCUAAAGCAUCCACUUGACUGUUGCAGAAUUUGAGGUGGGGGGGGGGGAUUUGGAGUGAGGAUAAAGUGCCUCUGUACUCUUGUCUUUUCGCCAUAUGCUGAUAUUUUUCAAAAGGGUCUCACCAAGAAUACUGUUAAUGUAGCUUAGCGAACAACAAAAAAUUAUGCAAAAUUUCCAGGGUCAGUCCCACCCAUGGCCAUUGGAAGGAGCACAUAUAAACACACAAGAACCAGCAGAAUAUAAGAGUGCUACGGGUGUACCCUUUCAUCAAGAAUAAUUAGAAAUACUGUAGUUUACAAACCUAAGCACCAUUUUUCUUAUUUUGUUUGCUUUGAUGCAUUACUAUAAAUUACAUUUAUACGUCA